CCUCGCUCGGUCUUGGGGGGUGUGAGCUCAGCGUCCUCGCGGCACGAACUUCAGACGCAUCGGAACCAGGAAGGCGUUCACCGCGGGCCGAUCGAUACUCUCCUCCCGGAACCAACGGUUCCACCGAGCUUCGAUACAGAAAACUGUGGGACUGGGAUCUGCCUCGGUUCUGUUCCACGCCCCCCCUUGGAGUGGCCCACGCAGAUCCGCACCCCCACCCCCCACGCUGUAAUCCUCUGAAGGCCCGUCGGUUCUGCACAUGCUGGCCUUUUGUCCCGGCGGCUGUUGUUGCAGCGGAGGCCUCCCUGAGGAGAGGCCAUGAGUGAGGACAGCCGGCCGCACAAAGAGCUGACGGCGGGACAAUGAGCUGCGGGGCCCGGAGGGCGGGGCCUGACACUACGUGAUGAGGGACGGCCAUUAUCGCCGCACGCCAAACACAAGCUGGACCUGAGAGCCUCCUGCUGCUGCCGGCUGACAGGCAUGCAGUGACAGACUGACAAGUUCACUUUUCUGUUUUUGUUUCUUUAGUUUGACAGAGUUUUAGUUUCUGGUUGAGUUUAACUCGGCUCCGCUGCCAAAAGUGCCUUUUUUCUGACUGUUCCCACACCUGGCUCCUCAGUGAGGUUUCCUCACCUCAGACUGUAAAGGAAACGAACGGGUCGACCCGUGAGCCGCCGCCAUGUUGACGUCCAAGUGGCGCUACCUAUUCAUGUUCCUGGGCAUCCAGCUGGUGGUCAUGGCGCUGCUGUCCAGGGAGGGCUACCACAAGAGGGUCUCCUACUUCAUCCGCAUCUUCCGCAAACCCGACUCCACGGGUCCGCAGCUCCAGAACCGCACCACCCUGCCCAUCCCCAAAGGAGAUGUUUACGCCAACCUGUCCCACCUGUCCAAACCCCAGAACCACCGGGACGACAUCCCCAUGUGCCCCAAGACGUCCCCCCUGAUCGGCGGACCCAUCCACGUCAGCUUCCCGUCGGGCCUCACCCUGGCCCAGGUCCAGAGGAAGAACCCGCUGGUGGUCCGGGGGGGCCGCUACAGGCCGCCGGACUGUGAGGCCCAGCACAAGACGGCCAUCAUCAUCCCCCACAGGAACAGGGAGCACCACCUGAAGUUCCUGCUCUACUACCUGCACCCCUUCCUGCAGCGGCAGCAGCUUAGCUAUGGCAUCUACGUCAUCCACCAGGCUGGAAGCUACACCUUCAACCGGGCCAAGCUGAUGAACGUGGGGUUCCGGGAGGCCAUGAGGGAGGAGGACUGGGACUGCCUGUACUUCCACGACGUGGACCUGAUCCCCGAGGACGACCGCAACCUGUACACCUGCGACACCAACCCCAAACACGCCGCCGUGGCCAUGGACAAGUUCGGAUACAAGCUCCCGUACAAGAUGUACUUCGGGGGGGUGUCGGCUCUGUCUCCACUGCACUACCUGAAGAUGAACGGCUUCCCCAACAACUACUGGGGCUGGGGGGGCGAGGAUGACGACAUCGGAGUCAGAGUGUCUCUGGCUGGGAUGUACAUCAGUCGCCCGUCUCUGAAGCUCGGCCGCUACAAAAUGAUCAAACACAAGCUGGACAAGGGCAACGGAGAGAACCCUCAGAGGUUCAACAUGCUGGCCAAGACUCGUCAGACCUGGAAGACGGACGGGAUGAACACGGUGGAGUACGAGGUGGUCUCCAGGGACUACCUGCCCCUCUACACCAACAUCACCGUCAACAUCGGCACCGAGUCCGGUCUGCACCCCGCCACGCCCCCGCCUGCCCCCAGAGCUGAGGAGAAACCUGCAGAGAAACCUGCGGACAACUCAUCAGCUAAAGUCUGAGACGUCUCACGGAGGCUCCGCCUCCUGAAGGAGCCCCUGUGAGACGUCUCACGGAGGCUCCGCCUCCUGAAGGAGCCGCUGUGAGACGUCUCACGGUGGCUCCGCCUCCUGAA